CUUUAUUGUUUUUCGAAGUAUUCUCCACGCAGUCUGUUUUUAAUUUUCGGGAAAGUAAAGACAUCGUUAGGACUUAGAUCGGGACUAUAUGGAGGAUGAUCCGAUAAUUCCACGUUGUCUCCCGGUAAAUACUGCCUUGUAUUUUGGGCUGUGUGCGAGCUUGCAUUGUCUUGGUGGAGGAUGAUUCUUCUUUCGGGGUUGAUUUUUCGAAGCUCGGUAAUAAUUUUUGGCAAACAAAUAAUGGUAUACCAAUCGGCAGUAACAGUUUUUUGCUCAUUAAGAGGAAUUGUUGUUUUGACACAAAUGUCGCGAUCAUCUUUUUCGAAACACUUCGAGAACGGAUGACUUUAUGACUUUUGUUGGCUUUUCUUUACCUUGGAACAC